GCUGCGCGUCACAGCGUCAUGGCGUCAUGACGCCGGUCAGCUGACAGCCUCCUGAAGAGAGACUGCAGACAUCUUGAAUGAAUGUUAGUAACUUAUCAAUUGGAGGCAGCGGCGAAGGUUACCUGUGAAGAGGCGAGGAACACGGGUUGGACUUCACUAUGGCUACGUAGGAUUCAGAUUCACAAUGAUCGGAGGAUUGUUUAUCUACAACCACAAGGGAGAGGUGCUGAUCUCCCGUGUGUACCGUGAUGACAUAGGGCGCAACGCGGUGGACGCGUUCCGUGUGAACGUGAUCCACGCCCGGCAGCAGGUCCGCUCGCCCGUCACCAACAUCGCCCGCACCAGCUUCUUUCACGUCAAGCGCUCCAACAUCUGGCUGGCGGCUGUCACCAAGCAGAACGUCAACGCCGCCAUGGUCUUCGAGUUCCUCUACAAGAUGUGCGACGUGAUGACUGCUUACUUCGGCAAGAUCAGUGAGGAGAACAUCAAGAACAACUUCGUGCUGAUCUAUGAGCUGCUGGAUGAGAUCCUGGACUUUGGCUACCCACAGAACUCUGAGACAGGAGCACUGAAAACCUUCAUCACCCAGCAGGGCAUCAAGAGCCAGGAACCUUAUGGUUGUGGGACAUCUCACCUCCAGCAUCAGACCAAGGAGGAGCAGUCUCAGAUCACCAGCCAGGUGACAGGGCAGAUCGGUUGGCGCCGUGAGGGGAUCAAGUACCGGAGAAAUGAGCUCUUCCUCGAUGUGCUGGAGAGCGUCAACCUGCUCAUGUCUCCACAAGGUCAGGUUCUGAGCGCUCAUGUGUCAGGCCGGGUCGUGAUGAAGAGCUACCUGAGCGGAAUGCCCGAAUGCAAGUUCGGCAUGAAUGACAAGAUCGUCAUCGACAAGCAGGGCAAGGGCGCCGCAACGGACGACUCGGCUAAGAGUGAGAUGGGGGGAAGCAGUGGGAAGCAGUCCAUCGCCAUCGACGACUGCACCUUCCACCAAUGCGUGCGGCUCAGCAAGUUCGACUCGGAGAGAAGCAUCAGCUUCAUCCCCCCCGACGGGGAGUAUGAGCUCAUGAGGUACCGAACCACUAAAGACAUCAUCCUGCCCUUCCGGGUCAUCCCUCUGGUCAGGGAGGUAGGCCGCACCAAGCUAGAGGUGAAGGUUGUCAUCAAGUCCAACUUCAAGCCUUCUUUGCUGGCACAGAAGAUUGAGGUGCGCAUUCCCACACCCCUCAACACCAGCGGGGUGCAGGUGAUCUGUAUGAAGGGCAAAGCCAAGUACAAGGCCAGUGAGAACGCCAUCGUGUGGAAGAUCAAGCGCAUGGCUGGGAUGAAGGAGUCCCAGAUCAGUGCUGAGAUUGAACUACUUCCCACUAAUGACAAGAAGAAGUGGGCUCGCCCCCCCAUCUCGAUGAACUUUGAGGUACCCUUCGCACCUUCUGGGCUCAAGGUGCGCUACCUGAAGGUGUUCGAACCCAAGCUGAACUACAGCGACCACGACGUCAUCAAAUGGGUUCGCUACAUUGGCCGAAGCGGCAUCUAUGAGACGCGCUGCUAGGCAGGCCAUUCCUUCUGUCAGUGGCGAUGUCUUACUUCUAAACUGAUGCAUAACCAACCCUGGAUUAAGUGACUAGGCACUCCUGGCUAACACUAUAGCCCCCACGGUAGGCUUCAUUUCAGCCCUUUUCAGUAUUAUUUCCCAAGCUGUGUUAAUGUAGUAUCCGUCUCUCCUCUAAAAGUAGUUUAGGCUUUGUGUCCUGCUCCUCAUGUACUGAUUGAUAACCUGUAUGAAUAAUCUUGGUAGCUUGCUGCUGGCUUGCUGGAAAACAUCAUGCAGUUAACCACAAAGACUGGAGAAGAGGUGUUAUGAGAAUGGGGGGAGGGGGUAGGUUUAUAGUCUACCUGUAGUCACAAUCUGGCCUGUAGCCAGCAGCAGCAAAUUCAUCCUCACCACUUAAUAAAUGGUUGUUGGGAAUGAGUAGCUACACAA